AUGGUCCCUCGUCAUGGUGCUCGCGAUGUCGACCCAGCGCGGUUGCGAGAGCCUUCGCAAUUUCACUUCUCUCAACGUAUCGCGCCGAACCGUCUAAUGAAGGCCGCUAUGACAGAGCGUAUGUCAUCAUGGUCUCCUGUGAACAGUGAAAGUAGAGGUAUCCCAUCACUAGAACUUGUCAAUCUUUACAAACGAUGGGGAGAAAGCUCUGUUGGCGUUAUCCUGACUGGUAAUAUCAUGGUGGACAAUACCAACCUUGAGGCUCCCGGGAAUGCAACAAUUCCUGCUGAUGCCCCAUUUUCCGGCACUCGGUUUGAACGCUUCAAGGCACUCGCCACUGCUUCCAAGGCACACGGGAGCCUUAUCUUAGGCCAGAUGUCUCACCCUGGCCGCCAAGUGAAUAUCAAGCUUUCUCCAAACCCCGUGUCAGCAUCGGAUGUUCACCUCGACCGGGAGAUAUGGGGAAUGAAGUUUGGCAAACCGCACGCGGCAUCGUUAGACGAAAUUCAGAAUAUUAUCAACACGUUUACUCACUCGGCGGAAUUUCUUUUCAAAGCUGGGUUUGAUGGAAUUCAAGUGCACGGUGCCCAUGGCUACCUACUUGCUCAGUUUCUGUCCCAACAAACCAAUCAAAGAACGGAUAUUUACGGUGGCUCGCUACGAAACCGGGCUCGCAUUAUCAUCGAAAUUGCCCAAUCAAUUCGCCGAAAGGUCCCUGUAUCCUCUGGCUUCAUCCUAGCCAUCAAACUAAACUCCGUUGAAUUCCAAGAUAAGGGAUUUUCACCAGAAGAAUGUCGGGAGCUAUGUCAAUUGCUCGAACACGAAGCUCACUUUGACUUUGUCGAGUUGUCCGGCGGCACGUAUGAAGACACAGCAUUCGAACACAAGCGUGCCUCUACUAAGAACCGGGAAGCAUUCUUCCUAGAGUUCGCUGAGGCCAUAGUGCCUGUACUUUCUAAGACUAAAGUAUACGUCACCGGUGGCUUCCUCACCGUCGCUGCCAUGGAAACAGCUUUGGAGACUGUGGAUGGGGUUGGGCUUGCCAGAACACUUUGUGCAGAACCACACCUGGCAUCAGAUAUCGUGUCUGGAAGGAUACGGUCUGGCGCCAUCAAUGCCGGUUUGAGCCAAUAUGAUUACGGUAUGACAGAGGUGGUGGCUGGGGUGCAGAUGCGGCAGAUUGGCAAUGACAGGGCACCAAUUGAUUUAACCAAGGAUGAUAACUUGAAGGCAUUUGAGAACAGUGUGGCAAAAUGGGAACGCGAUUUAGAAGCGGACUCGGAGGCAAUGACUCUCUAUGGAUAUCCUGAUAUCGAUGGUGCGGACCUCCCUCCGUUCAAUGUUGCGAAUUCGCGGAGCUUUCCCAAACCGAUGUUGGUCUGA